UGUCACUUGUUCGUGCAUACUUAGAAAACUACACCUAUCGCGCUCGUCACACAACUACACGGUCUCACCGCCAGCACGUCUUUAUUCAGGUCCAACACCCGUCAUGAAUCCAGAUCCGUGGAACGUUAACAGCCAACAGCCCCCUAAGUACCCGCCCCUGCUGGGCUCCGCACACGUCCCGACUUACAGCUCUGGGGCGCCACCGGCCGCUACUGCUGGCCAGCCCGCUGGCAUGGGUGGGGAACGCCCGGCCAGCCGCGCUGACACGAGCUCGUUCUCCGCUGAUGAGGAAGAUAAUAUGUACGGAAUGACCCACCAUGUUAAGGUUAAAUAUGCGGAAGUUUUCAAAGAGGCUGACGGUGCCGAUAGCUUCGAGCCGCUUGCCAAUGUAAUGGGAUUUGUCUUUACAUGGACACAGCUGGGCUUCUACCGUUUCUUCAGCCUGAUUUUCGGCGUCUUUCUGGUCUUUCACUGGGGGAUCGUUUUCGCCUUCUUCAACUUUUUCACGGUGUUCAUCAUGCAACCCACUGUCAAGCUGACCUUCAUUCUGCUGAGGCCCCUAGCCAUGAUGCACAAGGCGCUCGUGCGGACCCUCCUGGACCCGCUGUGGCAGUCAAACGGUUUGAUCUUCUCUCGCAUUAUGGGCAGGUUUGCGUUCAACUUCAAAGGGCUGCCUGGCCAGAAGCCGACCCGCGCAGCCGCCAUCGAGGAACUGUGAAAUGUAAGUUGCGCGCCAACAAAUUUAAGAGUGGUUUUGUGGUAUCGUUUUGAGUUUAGUGUCACUGGUUUGUAGAAGGUUUCCAUAUGUAAAAUUUGCAGGAGAAAUAAUACAUAAAAUAAUGUGUAAUGAGCUGUCUUGUUGAGAAUCUGCAGCAGCUGACAAUGUGACAACGUCGUGUUGAAUAUGUAGAUGAUGAACUGGAUUUGAAAAAUAAAAAUGGCCAAGCCAAACAUACACAUGUAACAGAGCACCAAACUUUCACGAGUAAAAAGUAUAUGCUUCAAAGUUUUAUCAAGCAUAACUAAGGCGGUAUUUUGAAACAUAGACAAAGAGCAGGGCUGAUUGUGUAAAUGCUAAUCAUUUCCGGGUUUAGAAAAGUAUGGGGCAACUUAAAUUAUAAGAUUUGAGGCUUUGCAUGGUGGAGUUUCGGUAUCGUUUCGGUUUGCGGUAACACCAUGUGGUA